UCGCCUGAUCAGAAUCACCCAGCGGUUGCUCUGGUCGGUUAGCUAAACUCGGUCCCCGGUUGUCUGUGUGUGUGAGAGCGGUGACAGCUGAAAUCAUUGUUUCAUCCCGGACUGUGCGCUAAAUACAACCGCCAACAUGUUCGAGGAGGCGAGUGAAGUGUUCGACAACAUGUUCAAAUCGUCGUUUCCACUGACGUUCAUCGUGUUCAUCCCGGCGGUGCUGAUCCUGGUGUCGCCGCUCCCGGCCGAAGCGGCACAUGAGUUCACGGUGUACCGCAUGCAGCAGUACGACCUGCAGGGACAGCCGUACGGCACCAGGAAUGCCAUCCUGAACACCGAGGCCCGGACUGUGGAGGCAGAGGUACUAAGUCGCCGCUGUGUUAUCAUGCGACUGGCGGACUUCUCCUAUGAUAAGUACCAGAAAGCCCUGCGCCAGUCAGCGGGGGCUGUGGUCAUCACCCUGCCCAAGAACAUGUCUGCUAUGCCCCAGGACAUAGUACAGCAGUUCAUGGAGCUGGAGCCAGAGAUGUUGGCUACCGAGACCAUCGUCCCUGUGUACUUUGCCGUGGAGGACGACGAGCUGCUGUCCAUCUACACCCAGACCCUGACCUCGUCCUCCUCGCAGGGCUCCUUGUCGGCGGCUGAAGUGCUGCUGCACACGGCCACAGCAAACGGCUUCCAGAUGGUCACCAGUGGAGCUCAGAGUAAAGCCGUCAGCGACUGGGCCAUCACCAGUUUGGAGGGUCGCUUGGCUGGAGUUGGAGGAGAGGACCUGCCCACUAUUGUCCUGGUGGCUCACUAUGACUCCUUCGGUGUUGCGCCAUGGCUGUCGUACGGAGCCGACUCGAACGGCAGCGGAGUGUCCAUGUUACUAGAGCUGGCUCGGCUGUUCUCGAAACUCUACACAUACAAAAGGACUCACGCAGGGUACAACCUGCUGUUCUUUGUGUCCGGUGGAGGAAAGUUUAACUACCAGGGCACCAAACGUUGGCUGGAGGAGAAUCUGGACCACACAGACUACAGUCUGCUGCAGGACAACGUGGCCUUCGUGUUGUGUCUGGACACACUGGGGAACGGAGACUCGCUUCACCUCCACGUGUCCAAACCUCCUAAGGAGGGAACACCUCAGUAUUCUCUGCUCAAGGAGCUGGAGAUGGUCGUGAGCAGUCAGUACCCGGAGGUCAAGUUCUCCAUGGUGCACAAGAAGAUCAACCUGGCCGACGACAUGCUGGCCUGGGAGCACGAGCGCUUCGGAAUCCGCCGGCUGCCGGCCUUCACCCUCUCCCACCUGCCCUCGCACCGCUUGGCUCAGCGCUCCAGCAUCAUGGACGUGCGGUCAGUGUACCCCUCCUCUCAACACGGAGUGGGAGAGCCCCCUGUUGGGCCUCACGUUGAUGUACAGAAACUUGGCAGGAAUGCCAAGGUGGUAGCAGAGGCACUUGCCAGGGUCAUCUACAAUCUCACAGAGAAGGGGGCCCCUGGAGACCUGCAGAUCUUCACUGAACAGAUGCAGGUCCAGGAGGAUCACUUGUCAGCGGUGGUGGACUGGCUCACAGCGCAGCCGAGAGCCGCCCAGCUGUUGGACAAGGACAGCAGCGUGGUGUCCACUCUGGAGUAUCACCUGGGACGCUACCUCAAGGACGUCAAGAGACACUACGUCAAAGCUGACAAAAGGGAUCCAGAGUUUGUCUUCUAUGACCAGCUCAAGCAAACGAUGAACGCUUACAGAGUGAAGCCUGCCAUUUUCGACCUGCUCCUGGCCGUCUGCAUCGCCGCUUACUUAGGGAUGAUGUAUUUAGCGAUCCAGAACUUCGGAGUCCUCUACAGUGUUGUCCGCAGAAUCACCCAGCCCAAGGUGAAGGCCCACUAAACCAACUACGACGCCUUUCCUUCCCCUGAGCCCCUCCCCCCCUCUUUGAAUCCUGAAACUCAAAGCCAGUAAGAACUGCAGGAGCUGGGCCGAGCUGCUGUUCUCACCACGGUUUUCAAACCAGCAGAAUCACUUCCACGUCCCGUAAAUCCUGAUUCUCAAACUAUGAUGUCAGAUCCUGUCCUGCUGCCAACGUUACAUCCAUUUUGGAACGAUCAGGAAUAAUUCUUCUCUCCGCAGAUGUCUCGUCUUUCAUUUCUUGAUUUUUAAAUCACGUGUUCACACGUCAGAGGUUGGAGAUGCGACGACGAUGUCGCCGUACUGGUCGCUCCUCAUUCCUCUUCCUCAGUGCGCUGUGCGAGCGAUCAUUCAGCCAAACUGACGUUGCAUGUUUAUUCGGGCAGCUACAGGGAGAAACUAACCACACAGAUUUUUACUUUUGUUGAGAGAUGUGUUGACCGACCACAUUUCUUAGAGGACGGGUUCACAUUUCUUCAAGUCAGUCUUACUACGAUACUCAAAUUGAUUGGUUGCUGUAGAGGCCCCUUGUCUCUUCUCAUCCUGUGUCUGUUCAUCAAUUGAUUGAUCUAUUGCUUCAGCUCUACAUCUUUAACAAGCUGGUGAGGGGAGCAGCACUUCGUAGACGUUAUGGACACGAGCAAAGAUCACGUCAAUACGUCUGUGACUGUAGAUGAAGGUUUGAUAGUGCUGCAAUAAGCAGACUUUGAAAUAUUCUACCCCGAGAAAAUGACUCUGAAAAUACAGUUUACGGAAAAAACAAGUUGUCUAUAUGAAAUGUGAAGUAGGAUUUAUAUAAUAAUGACUGUAGUGAGUUUAUUAGAGGAAACAGUAGAGCUGAAUGGGAAAAAAAUAAGUCCUUGCCAAAUAAUCAUUGUAUGUAUGAAACUUCCCCAUUUAAUAUACAUAAUGACAAAUGUAAACCGAUUCCACCUUAACAUUUUCCUUAACUCUCUGUCGCCUUUUUCAGGUUUGUCUCUGUGAUUUGAUGUGUCUUACUGUCAAGUCUGUCUUUUUCUGACUUGAUUGAAAAAAAAACCCGAUGCUGGUGAAGUUCUCAGAUCAGAAAGCUCAUGUUACAAAAGGCAAAAGGUCACUCGCACAAACAGUCCCGUUGUCUUGUCUAAUCGUGGACUGUGCGAGAGUACAACGCCAACGCAUCGUGAAGAGAUAAAACUUCCCCCUUCACGCCUUUUUUUUAUCAGUGGAAUCCUGUCGUGGUGUGAACUUCUGCUGCCUGCAACGAAGAAAAAAGUGACUUAAUCAGAUGUUUUUAAAGCUGUUUGAAGGUUUGAAGACCAGCGCUGCAGUAUUUAUACAUUCACAUCUUUAAAUGGGCAAUAACAAAAAGACUGUUCAGAUUGAAUUAGAAAAAAACAGACGAUUAAUGAGAAGUUGUGUCAAUUCAACAACAUGGUUGUCUUUGUCGCUUUCUUGACCUUCUUUCUGCCCUGGUGUUGCCUUGUGUGUUGUUUUUUCCCCACUAUUUUGUAUUUUCCAUGUGUUAUUGCAUGACCUGUAACACUCCCCCACCACCAGUGAGAGGACUUUGUAUCUACCAACAUGAGGGAAAUACUGUGUGGUACAUAUGAGAUUUUGUUUUUUUAAUUUAUUGAAGCAGUUUUCAUUUGUGCACUGAGAUGAACUCUCCUCUGGUCUGAACUCUGCUUCGCCUCAUCCACAACACUUGAUUCUUGGCAAUGAGACAAUAUCAGUUGUGAUUAAAAAUAAAUGAUGAAAAGAAA